GAAAAAUAGAGAAUCUUCACACAAUCGCUGGGAAUCAUCAAAAACUCAACAACAUCGCUUGAAAUUCUGAACUCUUGGUUGCACCAGGUGUUACUUUUAUUUAGUCAGGGGACGCAUAGAGAUCGAGUUUACUACACGCAGAAUAUUAGUUACAUGAUUUUCCUUUUGUUCGAUUGAAUCGCACGACUAAGACAAAAUGGCGAAGAAGAACAAUCUCGGCACACGCCGUAUGCAUAAGCAGAAAGCGAUAGAGAAGGCCAAGGAAGAUGCUGCUGCUCUCGAAAAAAAGCGAAUUGCGAGGAAGGCGAAUGCAGCUCUUGUUGGAGGAAAGGAAUCUUCGGAAGCAAAGGAUGGUAAAGAGUCAACAUCAGCUUCAGGAGCAUCAAAAAAGACAUCAGCUUCUGACGACCUUAGCAUCUUCGCACAACUCAAUAAGAGCAUCUCCAAACUUCCCGACGCCAAAGAAGUCAUCCCAACUGCACCUAAACCCAAAUCAACUUCCACGGCCAUCGUCGUGAACAAGAGGACGAAGUCCAAGAUCGUCCGCAAAGGCGUUAGCGACCAGAAGAAGCAGAUGGCUUUGAGGCGACAGAAGCAGGUCUUAGACUACAGAGCUGAGGUUCAUCGCAAGAAAGUCGAGAAGGACAAAAUGGAGAACAUGGCAAGUGACUCUGAGGAUGAAGGAGAGAAUGCAGGGAGACAAUGCAGUGGAGAAGAUGACAAGUACGCUUUCCUCCAGAAGGAGAACCGACCGACUGAACGGAGGCGUGACGUCAAGGUGCGUAAGCGUGUGGAGAAGCGGGAACGGAAGGGACUGGCUUACGUUACAGAGAGCAGGGAAAAACGUCGCAAGCGUAAGGUGUUGAAGCAGAAGGAGAGACUGCGUGCCAACAAGAGGAAGGUUCCUGGUGUGGUAAAGAAAACUGUAGUGAAAAAGACUGGGGAAAAGAGGCUGGGGGCGUAGAUGAGAAAAGGAUAUCGCUUAGCAGAUAGCUUUUCAACUCUUCUCGAAGACCUUGACAAAUAUGUGAUGCAACUACAAUGGCAAUGGGUCAAAUGAGAUGGAGUCUUUGAACUGUAUGGUCGAAGACCUCACAAACAACGCUGCAAUAUAAGAAUGAUUUAUACCCCAUUGUGAGAAGCUAAAUGCUGG